AUGAAGUCCACACCUCCAUCCCUCGCUAGAGACCAGCCGAGUGCAGCUUCAGCGAAGUACCAGCGACAGCAGGACGUCGACGAGCCCUCGGAGGACUCCAGUGCUCAGGAGGUGUUCCGAGAAAUACGUUUUGCCUUUUCCUCCGAGCAAUACGAGCCUCUGUUGGAUGAGGAGAGCAAAGAGGAGAAGAAGAGACGGAAGAAGGAGAAGUACAAGAAAGUCAGGAAGAACGUAGGAAAAGCCCUGCGCACCACAUGGAAGUGUCUGAUGCUUGGCCUGUACAACUUCGCCCUCGGCUACUCCACCCCCAUCACUGUGGCGGCCACCUUCGUCCCAGACUUCCACACGGCCAGAAACAAGUCCUGAGGCAUUGCUUUGCUUAAAAAAAAAAUAAAAAAUAAAAAAAAAAAAAUAUAUAUAUAUAUAUAUAUAUAUAUAUAUAUAUAUAUACUUUUUUUACUCUACUUUCAUCCACAAUAUGUGUCUAGUCAUUGUUUUAUUGAAUAUAUUUCUUGUAUUUUUAGAAGAUGUAUAUUUUAUCUGUAAUCUGUUGUCACCGCUUGUAUUUUAUUUUUAUAUAUCCACUUUUAGAGUAGACAAAACAUUUACAUAUAUACUCUAAAUACUCUAAAAUAUAUGUAUUUUAACUUUUUUUAAAUAUAUAUGUAUAUUUUUUGUGCCCUACUCUAAAAAAAAAAUCCUAAAAUAUUUAACUAAAAAAAUAUAAAUUUUACUUUUAUUUUUGUUUACUGUACUUUCAUCCACAAUAUGUUGUGAGUCUUUAUAUUUUUUGUAUUUUUAGAAGAUGUAUGUUUUAUCUGUUCUCACUCCUGUAUUUUAUUUUUAUAUAUCCACUUUUAGAGUAGACAAAUUUAUUUAUAUAUAUAUAUAUAUAUAUAUAUAUAUAUAUAUAUAUAUAUGGUCUACAGUUUUCAUACACUUGUAGUUUGCAGUUAUUUCUACAAAUCUGACUUUUCUCUGAUAGAAUGAUUGGAACAGAUCCUUCUUUGUCACAAAAAACAUUCAUGAAGUUUGGUUCUUUUACCACUUUAUUAUGGGUAAACUGAAAAUGUGACCAAAUCUGCUGGUCGAAAAUAUACAUACAGCAACAUGAAUGAGCAAUUUUUUUUUUUUUUACUCUACUUUCAUCCACAAUAUGUUGUGAAAAAGAUUCUGUGGUGUGAUGCAGGCGAUGCAGGCGAAGUUGUGACUCUUACGAGUCAGUCCCAAUAAAUGGAAUAAGUAUGUGAGAAAUAUUGUUCAUUGUAAGAAACGUGAAUGUUGAACACUGGAGUGGUGAAGUUGUUGGAGGAAAAGGAUGUGAAACAGUAUUUGUGUUGAUAUUGUCGUUUAGACUUUGAAUAAACUGCAGCAUGCUUGCAAAAUCA